AUGCUGCGCCUCGCCGCCUCGCGCUGGACCAAGGCCAUAGCGCAGGCGCGCGACGCGGCGGCGCGCGGCGUCGACCUUGCCGAGGUCGCCAGGCCUCCGCCGCCGCCGCCGCCGCCGCCGCCCGCGCCGGUCGCGGCCGCGCCGGCCGCUCCCGCCGCGCCCGUCGCGCUCUCGAGCGCCGCGACCGGCGGCGCGGAGUCGUUCUGGCUCGCGGCGUCGCCGACGACGACGACGCUCCUCGGGCGGCUCUCGGACGUGCAGUCCAAGGGCUCGACGCCGGGCAAGAAGGCGCCGACGCCGGCCAAGGCGAAGCCCGCGACGCCCGCGAAGCCGGCGCCGACGCCCCCGAAGCCCGCGCCCGCGAAACCGCCCGCGAAAUCCCCGCCGAAGCCGAAAACCACGAAACCCCAGCUCGUGGGCAACCCGCUCCUCGUGCUCUGCGACAUGAACGGCACACUCGUGCACCGGUCCAAAACCGUUCUCCCCGUGAGCGCGAAGGCCGCCGUCGUCGAGAACGGCACGCACUACUACGCCCGCGACCACGCCGAGGACCUCGUCCAGUUCCUCUGCGACGCGGCGACGCCGAGCGACCCGGCGCGGCGGCGCGUCGUCUUCGCCUUCUACACGUCCAUGCGCGAGGCGAACGCGCAGCCCAUCGCGCGGUACCUCACGCGGGGCAAGCGCGCGGACAUGUACGAGCGCAAGUUCAACAAGGACGACGCCUCCGGCGAGAAUGCCUGGGACACGAUGCGCGACCUCCCCAAGGUCUGGGGCACGCCGGCCAAGGCGGCCCACGGCUUCGACGAGACGAACACCUUGGUCAUCGACGACACGCACCGCAAGAUGCGCGAGUACCCGUCGAACGUGCUCGUCGUGCCGACCUACGACGAGGCGACCGUGCGCAAGGGCGGCGACGACGCCCUCGAGUACCUCGCGGCCUACAUCGACGCGCUCCUCGACCACCCGGACGACAUCCGCACGGCCGUCGACGACCGACCCUUCGUCGCGCCGAGCUUCUAA